GCUACAUAGUAGCCUGUAGGAUCUUUAACCAUGUUCAACUUGUUCAAGUACAAAUGUUCAAAUGUAAGCAAACGGAAUUAAAUUAAUUAUUAGGAGACCCUCUUCCAUUUUGGGAUCGUUGCCGACCUUCCCCUAAAAACGAACCAAAUAAUCUCUUCCCUACCUACAACGUACAUACGAAUUCUGUGAAUAUAUACACCCGUGCUUCUAGUUAGAUGUACAUUCCAUAUCGAAUUCUUUUCAAUGUUCUUUAUUGAAUAAACAUCCAAAGGAAUUGAAUUGAUUCAAAAUGGAUCUCCACGAGGCCCAAUUAUAUUUACAGGCCUCACUUCACGAGAUCUCUCACGCCUUUCAAAAAGUCCCCGGAAGUGCCGUCUUGAUACGGUACAUCCAGUCUAGCUAUCAGAAUGAUCCAGUUCGAUCCGCCAUAGAACUCAUUCUGGUUCUAUUCUUUAUUCGAUAUCUUCUCUCACCUUCUUACCCUACCCACGAUCCUAAUUACGUCAAGCUUCGCGAAGAUGAGAUCGAUGAACUCGUCAAGGACUGGGAGCCCGAGCCUCUUGUUGCUGCCCAGACCCCCCUCGAGGAAGCCGAAGCAGAGAGGCAGCCCGUUAUUGUUGGUCCGACUGGUCCGAAAGUAAAGCUAUCUAGCGGCAAGACUGUUGUAAAUCUCGCCUCGUAUAACUUCUAUAACCUCACUGCAAGCGACUCGAUCAAAGAUAAGGCGAUUCAGACUUUGCGCACCUAUGGAGUCGGCCCCUGUGGCCCGCCCCAGUUCUACGGCACCCAAGACGUCCAUAUGAAUACCGAGCAGGAUAUCGCGACUUUUCUUGGUACUCAGAGCAGCAUCGUCUAUGCCCAUGCCUUCUCAACUAUUUCUAGCGUUAUCCCGACUUUUUGCAAACGUGGAGAUGUGAUCGUGGCCGAUAAGAUGGUCAAUUACCCGAUCCGCAAAGGCCUCGAGGCCUCCCGAAGCAAUAUCCGCUGGUACGAGCACAACGACAUGGAAGAUCUGGAGCGAGUGAUGAAGAAGGUAGUCGAGGAGCAAGCGAAGAAGAAGAUCUUGACCAGGCGAUUCAUUGUGACUGAGGGCAUCUUUGAAAUGGUUGGCGACUGCUCCAAUCUCCCUAAACUCGUUGAAUUGAAGGAAAAAUACAAGUUCCGCAUUGCCCUUGACGAGACCUGGUCAUUUGGUGUACUUGGUCGCAACGGGCGCGGAUUAACUGAGGCACAAAAUGUCGACUCGGAGGCUGUGGACAUGAUCAUUGGAUCGCUCGCGGGACCACUCUGUGCUGCCGGCGGAUUCUGUGCCGGUUCAAAAGACGUCAUACGCCACCAACGCAUCAAUGCCGCUUCCUACACCUUCUCAGCCGCUCUCCCUGCCAUGGCUGCCGUCACGGCCAGCGAAACAUUGAAUGUUUUGCAAUGCAACCCUGACAUCCUACUUCAGUGCCGAGAGAACAUCCGAGCUAUGAGAGCACAGCUUGAUCCGCGAAGCGAUUGGGUCCAAUGCACCAGUGACCUAGAAAACCCCGUCAUGCUGCUAGUAUUCAAGCCCGAGGUUGUCCGAUCUAAGCAACUAAGCAAUGAAGACCAGGAACGAUUGUUCCUCGAUAUUACGGACGAGGCACUGGCGAAUGGGGUACUCAUCACGCGGUCCAAAAGUCGUUUGAUGAUGGGCAGCAUCGGCACCAAAGAUAUUAACAUUAGGCCGGCGCUCAAGGUUUGCAUCACGUCGGGCUUGUCGAAGAAGGAAAUUGAAAAGGCAGGAGUAACAAUUCGACAUGCCAUCACCAAGAUCAUGACGCGGAAACCGAACCGUCAAUCAACGCUAGCUGCCUAGGAGACAUUCAGCUUCUCAUGAUCUCGUUCACUGUUCUACGUUCCUUUACGACAUGACAUGACAUGACAUGACACGGAUGGAGAAUAACUAUGGGAUGGGUGGACGUUGCAAGCUGUAUAGGGCGGGCUAUUCUUAGGUACAGAGGAUAGAAAAGGG